CCGCUCCACCUCCGCACUCCCCGGUCACAUGACGCCGUGAUUGAUCUCUCCGUGUGAAGCUUUCCCCUCCUUGGUGCUGCGAUAAUGUCAAUGUCAGCCAGAAUCCUCAGAAGCAGCUUCGUCCCCGCAGUUCGGAGACCUUUUGUCACUACUAGACUUGUCUCUUCACCGUUCACUCGCUGCCGCACAAUGGCUACCAAGGAGUUCCUCUGCAUCCUUCCCGACAAGCCCGAUGCGCUUGCCCGGCGUUUGGAGGUCAGGCCUACGCAUCUCGAGAAUGCCCAAGGUCACAAGAGUAACGGAAAGGUUGCCGUUGGUGGCGCCAUGUUUGAGAAGGAGCAUCCUGUCGAAGGCCAGACCCCCGGCUUCAAGGGUAGCGUGAUGAUCUACACGGUUAAGGACGCCGAGGAAGCCUGGGAACUCAUCAGAGGCGACAUCUAUGCCAAGAACGACGUGUGGGACCUGGAGAAGGCUCAGGUCAUUCCGUUCAAGUCGGCUAUUCGCGAGUCUCUGUAAGAUCUUGAUGUCCGAGUGAGCUGAAAGCCCAUAUAGGUGCCUCCAUCGCCGCUCCCGUCACCAGCACAGUAGGCGCCUUCCCAGGUCGGUUAUUCAGGUCAAACUGGCUGGGCGGUGGAGUGGUUCAAGGUCAACAGUUAAUUACGCCCACAGCCUACUCGACGACAGGCUCAUAAGUACCCGAGUUCGAAUCCCAGCAU